ACUCGAUUGACGUAGCUUCCGCCCCCCGUUUCCCUGCCUGUGGCCCUCCCGGCCAAGCCCUAGGCCGCCCACCCCUCAAGCAGCCCCCGCCAGCACACGCCGUAGCCCUCCACCUUGGGGUUUAAAGGGUCCCCUGCUGCCGACCAAACGAAAGCCGACGCAAGGGAAGCAAAGCGAGAUGGCGAAGGAGCUGCCGCACGAGACUUACAUGAAGCGAGCCAUCGAGCUGUCGGCCAAGGCGGGCCUGGAGGAGCAGACAGGCGGCUGCUUUGGCGCGCUGAUCGUGGACAAGGAGACGGGGGAGGUGGUGGGUGAGGGCUACAACAAGGUCAUCCUCAACAAUGACCCCACCUGGCACGGCGAGAUGGAGGCGAUCCGCGAGGCGUGCAAGGCGCGCGGCUCGCCCCACAUCCCCGGCACCGUCUGCUACACCUCCGCCCAGCCCUGCCCCAUGUGCUACACAGCCAUCAUGUGGGCCCGGGUGGACCACGUCUACUACGGGGCCACCUACGAGGAUGUGAUGGAGAACGGCAAGUUUGAGGACUCCGACUUCCUGGGCGAGCUGCGCAAGCCGGACGACCAGCGGGCGAUCAAGUGCGAGAUUGUGUGCCGGGAGGAGGCGGUGGAGGUGUGGCGCAAGUACCGGGUGCUGGCCGAGAAGGGCCUGGUCAAGCACUACUAGCAUUACCAUCGCCAGCACCUAUGGAGGCGGGGCGCUGCCCUGGCGCGCCGGGCACAGCUCCACGGCAGGCGGGUGCAGCGCUGCUGAGGUGGAGCGCCUUCCCGGCGCUCCGAGAGCAGCCGCGUGCAGCCCGGCCGCUGGCGCUGUGAGACCAGCUAGGCUGGAAGCUGGCAGCAACCCUGCGCCAUCUGUCCACCAUACCCCCAACACCCCAAGACACUGCUCCGCCAUAUCCACUACUCCGCUGUCUCUUUUCCUGCACCCCACCCACCCAUGCACCGCCGCCCUGGCUUUCCUGCGGUUGAUCGCCCCGGGCUGCCGGCGGCGCCACGGUACAGCCCAGGACCGUCCUCAGCUACCUGUCGAACUGCCGCCAGCGCCCGUGCAGCGCGACCACCUCAACGCCGCCAUUGACCACACUCCCCAUCUGCUUUUCCUGCCGCCGGCCCGUAAGGCACCCCACCGUG